AUGCAAGAAGACAUUGUGCAAGAUGAUGAUCCCAACAAUAUGUAUGACAUGGCAGAAGGAAGAAAUAUUGAGGAGGAAGAAAGAACAGAAACACAUGGUUCAAGUAAAAGCUUGACUUUGAAGGAGAAAAUACAAGAAAUUAGAAGUGUCCAGAAACAAAUGCCGGGGAUGUUGACUUCUAUAUUAGAAGUAAUCAAUGAUAGAUUUCCACCAAAAUCAAAUAUUGAAAAACAAUCCCAAGAAUCACUUCAGAAGAACGUACCUCCAUCGAGAAGUCUUAAGCUUCUUGACAAAGAAGUAGAUAUUGAUAAAAUUGUGAAAUAUGCAAUCAAUCAUGAGAAAGAGGAUGCAGAUCAAGAUGGGAAAGGGAAAGAAAAAGAAAAAGAGAAGAAUGAACAAGACGAUGAGAAUGAAGAAAAAGAAUCAAGUGAGGAAGAAGAACAAGAAGGAGCAAGAGAUAAAGUAGAGGAAAAAGCUAAUGAAGAUGAAAUUGUAAGUAUAGUGAGACAAUAG